AGCGCAUGCGCGAAGAAGGCUCAGGUGAGCUGCAGCAAUUCAGGAUAUUGCACCUGAGAUUGGUCUUUUCAUGAGAAUGGUAGCAAGGAAAGUUUAAACUGUUAUUUAUGUGACGCGUUACCUUUAACAUGUAAGAUUAAUACCAGAAACGUUGAACUUAUUCACUUUUAAUAUGAAUCGAGCCUCUGAAUGAGUUUACCUGGAAAUUCGGUGUCUACCUGUCACCAAAGUGAUCGGUCAGCUAUAAACCGGGAUAAAAAUAGAAAGUGCGGGGGAAACUGCCAUAAACAGGACGAGGAAGCCGCCACCGCCUUUAUUACCGUCUCGGGGAUGUUCAGCAAACUAUCUGAAACGUGACAGUCAUCGACAGCAGCGCCUUCGUUCCUUCACGGAGUGAACCUGGAUUGAGAGAGGAUUUAAAUGUUUGGAAGAUGAACAACAGUGGAAGCCCAACAUUUGCAGGAGUGACUCCAGUCAACUUGCUCACAACAUUUGCUGCUUUGCAUGUGGCAAGUACAAACAAGUCCAAGAAUUUGAGCGUGUCCCUGGAGCUGUCUGUCAAAAACUCAAGUACAGAGGAGCAAAGGUUUUUCUUGGAGACACCAGCAGCACAGGCAAUCUCUGGGAUAUUUGUUUGGGCAGCUCUGAUUGUGACAUUUCACCAGAUAUAUCAGCAUCUCCGACACUACAGCUCACCCAACGAACAGCGCUAUAUUCUCCGAAUCCUUUUCAUCGUUCCCAUCUAUGCCUUUGACUCCUGGCUAAGCUUGCUUUUGAUCAGUAAUGAUCAGUACUAUGUUUACUUUGACUCUGUGCGAGAUUGUUACGAAGCUUUUGUGAUUUACAAUUUCCUCAGCCUCUGCUAUGAGUACCUGGGUGGAGAAAGCUCAAUAAUGUCAGAAAUCAGAGGGAAACCCAUUAAGUCCAGCUGUAUGUAUGGAACAUGCUGUCUGAUGGGUAUGACCUACUCCAUUGGAUUUUUACGGUUUUGUAAACAGGCUACCCUACAAUUCUGCGUGAUUAAACCUCUAAUGGCAGUGAUCACCAUUAUUUUGCAAGUGUAUGGCAAAUAUCACGAUGGAGACUUUGAUGUGAGAAGUGGAUAUCUAUAUAUCACUAUUAUUUAUAACAUCUCUGUGAGUCUUGCACUCUAUGCAUUGUUCCUCUUUUACUUCGCCACAAGUGAACUCCUCAGUGCGUUUGAUCCUAUUCUGAAAUUCCUGACGGUGAAAUCUGUUAUUUUUCUCUCCUUCUGGCAAGGAAUGCUGCUAGCGAUUUUGGAGAAAUGUGGAGUAAUUCCAGAAGUUCAGAUUAUUGAUGGCCAUGAAGUCAGGGCAGGGACAGUGGCUGCAGGCCACCAGAACUUCAUCAUCUGUAUUGAGAUGUUCUUUGCUGCCAUUGCCCUUCGCUAUGCCUAUCCAUCUCAAGUGUACAGUGAAAAGCGUGAGACCACACCAGGUAAUAUAGCUCCCAUGCAAAGCAUAUCCAGCGGCCUAAAGGAGACUAUGAAUCCAAAUGACAUUGUGCAGGAUGCGAUCCACAACUUCUCCCCAGCCUAUCAGCAGUAUGCACAGCAAUCAACCCAAGAUGAAGUAACACCCAGACAUAAUGGACAUACCUUGCCCCAAGCAUGUACCAAUUUUGCAAGCCGCCGAAAAACUGGUGAGAAGAUUAUCCUCAUCAGCUCUGAGGAUGAGCUGUAGACUUGAGUAUUUGUUUUGUUUUGAGAAAAAAAGCAGAAAUGAGAUGCUGAGACAGGUAGUGACUCAUCUUUCUCAUUCAUCCUUCCAGAGAUCAGGAAUCAUUCUGCUCCCCUUUCCUGGGAAUUGGACUGCAAUCUUUGAUUUUCUUUUACUUCAAAGUGUUUUGACUUUAACUAAUUCCUAAAUCUGAAAGUAAAACAAUGUGUAUAGGCAAAGCCAUGGAAUGUUACAGUAAGUAACCCCAGCUGCAGGUGUUUGAUGUUCCAUACAUAUGCAUACACUUAAAGUCCAUAUUCUUGUGAUCUCCUAUUUGCUUGCAUGCAGUCUUUGUGCACACAUCAUACUCUCCUCCUUUUAUACAUUCUUCCAAUAAUGUACAUGCACGCUAUCAUGUUCGCCCUUUUGCAUGUGCAUGCUUCCUCUUGUGCUCACACCCCUCUCCCUUGCUCACAAUAGCACAGUUUCUUUCCUACAUACAGUGGGACAGACUGGACAUUGAUCUGUUCUCUGGAUUGCUUGUUGUUAUGUUAUUGAUUUAAAGAAUCUCACACAACUAAGGUAUCUGUUUCAGAGAUUAUCUCCACAUUCUGUGUAAAAUCACUGAAGGAUAUACUUAUUUCCCCAUGAUUGAAAUUUUUAAAUACCUGGUUAGUUAAUGGCAAAUCAGUGCAAUGUCUGUCAAUUUUGUUGCACUGUAGCCUUUUAUUAUGGAUUCAUUUUAGGACUAGCUUUUCCUCAAUAUCUUCCCACCAUCAAUCUCCAACUAUCAAUAUUCUGGGAUCAUUGACGAGAAACAUUUAAUUGGAUCUGCUACAUAAAUACUGUGGAUACACGAGCAGGUCAAAGGCUGUUAAUUCUGUGCCUCCAAAGCUCCUCUGCUGUCUGGAAGGCAGUAGUCAGGAAUGUGAUGGAACGUGUGGAGCUGCAACAACACAUGAGUAGCAUGACAUCAUGUAAGACAAAACUGUUACAUGGUUGAUACCCUGUGCACUACCUUAAACAUUCACUUCCUCCACCAGUGGUGCAUUGUGCCAAUUUUGUAAAAUCUACAUGUUACACUCGCAACUUUUCAAGACUUCUUCAACACCUUCUAAAUCCACAAUUUCUACUACCCAGAACAAAGGCAGCAGGUACAAAGGAACAUUAUCUACAAUUUCCCCUCCAAGUCACACACUAUUGAUUCUGAACAAGGUACCAGGCCAAAUUCCUGGAACGCACAACCCAACAGCAAUAUGUAGGAGUACCUUCGUUUCUCAGACUGUAGCAGUUCAAGAAGGCAACUUUCUGACGUACAAUUAGGAUGAGUGAUAAAUUGCUGAUCUCACCUGUGCGACAGACAUCUCAUGAAUGAUUGAAAUGUUAUUCUUGCUGAAAGAAAUACAAUCUGUAGUAAUACAUUUUCCAUCUCCCCAUGCUCACAACUGCUGUAAUUAUGUGGGCUCAUUGCACUUGUGACUCCUCCUUCCUCCAAUAUGAUGGGCUUACAAAAGCCAAGACUUUUUUUAAACAAAAGUGUAAAAAUGGAGAAGUUGUGUGUUACUGGAUUUAAAAAUGAGUUUGGACACCAUCGAGAAUGUACAUUCAAAUUGGACCAGUCUAAUUGGACACAGCGUUCUACUGUGUACUUUGCUUAAAUAAUGGACAAUAAUUGAGCAAAUGGGUACCCUAAGUUUAACAGUAACAGUGGAAGAACGAUCUUCAGUGUUUAUGUACUCUAGCUGUGCUGUAUAAUUGCUGUUGGUGCUGACUGGGGAGGUACAGAAUGGUAAAUGAUUCUUCCAUGCCAGACUCUGAAUUCACAAACUUAAAGGCAAAUGUUGAAAAGCAAAUAACUAAUCACAAAUUAUUUCCACCUCUCGUAGUUAAAUGUUUGACUGUGAUAACAACUAUUUUAACUUCAAGAACUGAUGGUUGUAUGAAAUCAGCAACUAUAGAGCCAGAUUCAGGAAUUUCCUAUUCCUUGGAUGCUGCCUAACCUGCUGUGCUUUAACCAGCAACACAUUUUCAACUGUGAUCUCCAGCAUCUGCAGACCUCAUUUUUUACCUCCAGAUUCAGGAAUCCCAAGCAGUUUACAUUGUCUUUACAUUCUUCAAUUUAAGUGGAAGUACAGCAUUAUAAAUUGAUUAAAGAGUAGGAGUACAAGUUUAAAUGAUUGUGAAUGCAUUUAAAUGUUUGUGGGCAAGUGUAAGAAUAAUUGUAUGUAUUGUAUCUACAGGCUAUGAACUGGAUCUCUAAUUUUGUUAUGAAGCAAAUUGACUGAGUCCUUCCUUGUUUGUUUUUAUCUGGUUCUUAACCUUUUUUUAAAAUUAUUAUUUACUGCUGUUUUGAUACUUGUGUUGUUUCAAUGGACAACAGGGUUAUUGCAAAAGUGCAACAAGGUUAAGAUAACCCUAUGAUACAGGAAUGAAUCUGAAUGUAUUUUUCUAUGAUUAUUUAUCAGGGUAGCUAUUGGCAAAAAUGUAGUUUACUAAUUAGCACUGAAAUCAUAGAAUCCAGUUAGAUGAGCAACUUAACACUUAUUUCCCAAUUGCGAAUCCUCAUGCAUGAUGGUUUGAAUAGAAGUUCAACCAGUUUCUAUCAACCAACACUUUCCUCUGUUCAUUUAUGUUUCACCCUGUUCAACAAUUCACUCCUUCACUCAUCCUCCUUCCUCCAAAUAAAAAGAUGUUACUGUGUGUAUCUGCAUGAGUUCCAGCUAUGUCUAUUUUUUUGUAAGGUAUGUUGAUCAUUCCUUGGUUCCAGUCACAUGUGCAUGUCAGGGGAGGGGGAUCAGGAAGAAUUGGAGAAGUUCUUUGCCUUGCUUCCAAUUUUCCACCUUACUCAAUUCAUCCUUGAUUCCUUGAUUGUACUGUGACUUCAUUUCUCGCCACCUGCAGCAUAAUAACACAAUAUUACACAACUUUGCCUUCCUCUCCUUUCACUAUAUCAAAGGGACAAUUCACUCUGUAAAACCCAGGUCCAUUCCCAAUACACUGUUCCCUUUCCACAGCAUCUUUCCAUGAAAAUGAAGAUGUAACAUUUCCCCUUCAACCUCUUCUAAUCACUAAUCUCAGAUGAAGCAGCAAUUUAUUUGUACUUAUAGCAGACGAGAGUGAAAGUGGUGUUUGUUCACAUUGGGGAGAUAAAUACAGAUUAAGUGAGUAUUUUGCAGAGUGCCUCCACUCAAUCCAGAAGCAUGUCCAUAAGCUUUUGGUCAUUGUAAUUCUCGUCUUGGCUUCAUGCUGAGAUCUGUCUCUGACCUACUCAAUGAAAUCUUGAGAAGAACUACCUUGAAUUUCAGUUAGGUACUUUACAGUCUUGCAACUUCAGCUCACAAUCUCUGGCCAGUUUCAUUACUUUCUCUUUGGUGGGUUUGCUUUAUUUCUUAUUUUUGCAUUCAGUCAGCAGCACAUUGCUCUACAUCCAUCUUUUGUUUUAUUUUCUUCUUCCAUUACCAUUCCCUUCAGUCCUUCAAAACUCCUUAUUCUCUCAUCUCUUAUUUCACCCUGCCUCUUUGAUCUUGCCUGACUCUUACCCCUUGCUCAAACUAUUACAUCCUUGCUCAAGCUAUUACAUUUCUAACUUUUCUGCAGUUCUGCUGCAAGGUCACAAAACUAAGACAUUAACUCUGUCUCUCUCUCCACUGAUGCUGCCUAACCUGAGUGUUUCCAGCAUUUUCUGAUUUUAUUGAUGCUGUAUUGUUGGCACGAAUGUCUCUGGUCAAGAAUUGCUGUGCGGAAGCAAUAUACAAUGUCAGGGAGCAAAUAAGCCCUAAAAUGCGUUACUUCCUUUGCAGAAAUAUCAUCUCACUGCAGCCAACUAAUAUUUGGUGUAAGUGUCAACUAUGAACUAUUGUGUAGAGGUCUUUUCUUUUGAAUAAAAGAUGAUGUUUAAUCUCUACUCUACAGACUUAACCACGUAAUCCAGGUUGAUGUUCCAGUACAACAGUGGGGAGUCCAUAAUGUCUGAGGUGGUGUCUUUUUGAGAAAUGUUGAAAAGAAAUGGAUGUUAACUAUUCCCUUGCAUUAUUUCAAAGAGAAAGGGAGUUCUCCCUUGUACCCCAGCAACCAUUUAUCCUUCAACCAACAUCACUAGAAAAAGUUAUAUGUUCAUCACAUUGCUGUAGGUAUUUUAAAACCACCUAUUCUGACAUGUUAUGACAUACCUCUAACAGCAGGUGGGACUUGAACCCAAGGUCUUUGGCCUAAAGCUAGGGACACUAUUACAGUGCCAUCAUGUUGCACUUACAGGACUUAAUAUUAAAAUUGGCUCUUGUAUAUCCUACAAGUGGCUACACUUCAAAAAUA